AGGCUCUCUCUUCUAUAUAUGAAUAGUAGACUAACGCUGCAUGACUAUUGGCUGCAGCUGAGGUUCGCGUUGCUGAUUGGCUGAGCAAUACUGUGAUAGAGAGACCAAGGCUGAAUGUUCCAGAAUUGUCCCUGAGAUUGAUCAUUGAGCUUUAUCUCCUGAGCAAUUCUUGAGCAUUGCAAGCACUAAAGCAACUUCUACUGCACAAUAUCUGAUCAUCUAUUCAGAGCACAACCUGUAUUUUUCGCUGCAGCUGAACGUCUGGUUUUGGAUUUUCUCCAAGCAGCAGUUCUUCUGUAUUGUUCUACCCACCCUUUCCAAACCCCAUCCCCUCCCCAACCCCUCACCCACCUCAAAAAAAAAAAAAAAAAAAAAAAAUCAUUUUAAUACUAAGUUGACCAUUUGUGUUCAAACACUACUGUUCUUGUAAUACUAGGUUACUAACUUGUUUAUUCUGCUAUUGUUCUUUUAUUUGGAAAAAAGUGUGUUCCUAUUAACACUAGAUUCAUAAUUUGUUUUAUUUGCUACUGUUCUUUAAAAAAAAAAAAAAAAAAAAAAAAAAAAGCUUAUUAGCUGUAUUUGUAAGUCGUUCUUUUUCUUGUCAUUUAACUAACUUGUUUGUUUUCUUGAGAAUAUUUUGCAGGUUGUAUUGCUUCAGCAUUUCGUGAAGAUGCCUCGGAAAGGUAGGAGAUCCCGGGCUCAAAAAGUUCGUUGGACAAAGUUAGACCUGACAGGACAGACGAGCGUCAGUAAAGGUGUUGCUCAGGAUUCUGAUGGACAGCAGUAUGAAGAUGGUGACCGCACAUCUAGAGUUAUAUCCGUGCAGGCGUCUCACUGCCAGAAUGAUGCAAGGUAUGAUGUUUUCUCACGAAACACUCAGUGCACAUGUAUAGCGCUGACAUUCCUUGCGUACCACAGUGAGGGAACUUUGUUCGAACAGCCUGAUCUUGACAGGGUGCUAGAGGAAGGGGAUGCUUUGUAUGUUGGCAUUAAAAUGCAACUUAUUGCUGAAGGAAGAUUCCGACAGGAUCUUCUAAGCAUGGCUGAAGUACCUGUGAGCAUCUCGACUUCUAACCACAACUACAGCGUCCAGAAGUCAGAGGUGGUGAUGGGCUAUCUGAGAGACAGAGGAACUCAGGAAAUGGAUGCGUGGUGGAUUCCUCUUGAUGAAAGACUUCAGUGUCUCUCAACAGAUGUCAGUCAUGCACUGCUUAUUGUUUCUCCAGAGUGCUUUGCUGUGUUCAGAGACAGAUCUGGAAGAUAUGGAUAUUUUGAUUCACAUUCCAGAACUGCUGAAGGUUGGCCACAUCCUACUGGUGAUGGAACAGCAGUUAUGCUUACUUUCACCAACCUGCAUGACAUGACCAACAGAUUACUUGAGCUUUUUUGGAAUCGUGGUCCUCAAGCUUGCUAUGAAUUCAUGGCUGUUUCAUUUGAAAUGGAACAACAGUCUGAGGAACCAUGCUCAUCAGCAGCAUGUGUGACACCAUCACUAGUGACCUCACCUCUGCCAAAACCACCAAAAACUUCUGACAUUAGAAUCCCUGAAAAUCUUGUUCCGACAGAUGACAACAACCAAAGUGUCAUCAAGGUUUUAAAAAGAAACAAGCAGCGAAGAAGAAAAGAAGUCCGUAAGAUUGCGAAUAAAAAGAAGGAAGGGAGACUUGAGAAAACACAUUUUGAAGUCCAGGCAAAAAAAAAAGAAUACGAGAGAAAGAAAUAUGCCACCAAUUUGGAGUUUCAGAAGAAAAAAAUAGAGGGUACCAAAAAGAAGUAUGAUCAAAAUCCUUUUGCCAGAUUCAAAAAGCUAGAGUAUAUGGUGAAGAGGUACAAAACUGAUGUUUCCUUCCAGAAAAAAAAGAAGGAGUACAUGGUCAGGAGGUACCACACUGAUGAUCUUUUCCAGAAGAAGAUGAAGGACUACAUGGACAGGAGGUACCACACUGAUGCUCUUUUCCAGAAGAAGAAGAAGGACUACAUGGUAAGGAAGUACCACACUGAUGAUCUUUUCCAGAAGAAAAUGAAGAACUUCAUGGCCAGAAGAUACGCAAGUGAUUCCGAGUUUAGGUCACAUCACAUUCUACAUUGUACUCUCCAGAAGAAACAGAAGUGUCUCACCGAUGCUGGAUUUCAGAUUCUGCACAAGUUGAGGUGUGCCUUAAGGAUCAAGAGAAAAUACAAGCCAUACAUUAGUUUCAGCCAGGAUACACCCAAUUCUGAUGCGAGAAACCAGCCUGUGUCCAACAGCUUGAUUCAAAAGGCCAUAUCUGCAUUUCGGUGUCAAAUUCAGCAUGGUCCGACUUACAUCUGCACAGUCUGUCACAGGACUCUUUUCCCAAAUCAGGUUAAGAUGUGUAAUAGAAGACGUUACGUCAAAAAUGUUCAUAUUACAGCCUUUUGCUUAACCGGGAAAUAUAUACAUGCAUGUGACAGUGCCUGCUGUGUUCCUUGUGCAGUUCCAGAUGAGCGAAGACAGGAGUGGAUCUGCCACACCUGUGACAGCCAUCUGAAGAGAGGAUCCAUGCCUUCUAUUGCAGCGGCAAACAGACUUGAAUUGCCACCCAUCCCUGCAGAACUGCUUGAGCUGAAUGUUCUUGAACGUCAGCUUAUCGCCAAAAUUGUUCCUUUCGCUAAAAUAGUUGCAUUGCCCAAAGGACAGCAACGAUCAGUUUAUGGUGCUGUUGUGUGUGUGCCCUCUGAGGUAGAGAAAACCGUAAACUGUCUCCCAAGGCCUAACAGUGAUUCCCAGCUCCUACAGGUGAAGCUGAAAAGACACAUCAAGUUCAGAGGAUACCAACACUUCCAUACUGUGAAUAUGCACAAUGUGCUAGCAGCGUUAGCAAGACUGAAAGCGAUGCAUUCAGAAUACAGGGACAUCUUGAUUAGUGACGCUACCACAUUUGAAUUUCUCCCUAAUGAUGAGCUGAAUGCCACAGAGGAGAAACAGGAAGUUGUUGUCUCUGAACAGGAUGAGCAGCAUGUCAGCACAGAAGAAAAGGAUGAGCUCAGGCCUGGCCUAACUCUGGACACAUGCAUGCAGCCACUCGACAUUGGACAGGACUUGCUGUCGUACGGUGAGGGAAUCUUCAGCAUUGCACCUGCUCAAGGGAAAAAGCCAGUCGGAUUUUUCAAGGUUCCCAAAUUGGAAGCCAUGGCCUUCCCCGUACAGUUUCCCACUGGACAGAACACAAUUGAUGAGGCACGACAAGUUGCAUUAUCACCAAGCAUGUAUUUCAAUGCUAGACUGUUCUGCGUGGAUACUCGUUUUGCCAAAGACCAGAGUUAUCUCUUCUUUGCGCAGUUUGUCACUGAAACGCACAUGGCUAGAAACAGCAUGUCUAUCCAGUUGCGAAAGGGCAAACCCGUUACAAAAGAUGGACGUAGAAUCUCCAACAAGCUUCUUCAGGAUGAUCUUGAGGUCGAAAGACUGGUCCACAGCCGUGACGCAACAAGGUUUAUGCCAACCCCUGAGAGGCACUCCAUCUUAUUGGGAGAAAACGUUGAGAGAUCUACAGGCCAUGAUCAGGCAGUUAGGAAAUCCUACUUUUUUUUGCACAUUCAGUGCAGCCGAAAUGCGAUGGCCAGAAGUGAUAACGGCAAUCAAGGCUCAGCAAGGUGA